UUGGAUGACAUUUAUUCAUUUUAUGCAUCCUGGGCUCUGCUGGCUGUCCUGCCUCAGUUCCUGUGGCAGAGACGCUGGAGUCUGAGCCACUAAUUAUUACCAGUGAGGUUUCCUCCCCAAACAGGAAGUAUCAACCAGAACUGCUCUCUCCCAGCGCGCUCUGUAACCAAGCAUCAGUCACCACUCCCGGGCCAGUCCCUGUGGCCAGGAGCUGGUGUGUAGGCUGAGGGGGGCAGCAGCACAGCUGUCCAAGCCCGGCAGGUCCCUCGCCUGUGAGGGUCAGCCUGAGCCCUGACUUCCAAGACAGGCUGCCCGCACACCGGAGGGAGACCAAGCAAGAAGCUGUGGCCUGGAUCCCCGUGGGGCCAUCAAGGGACUCAUGCGUCAGAUACUGGCAUUGGCCAAAUGUCGCAUCAGCCCGUUGUGGCCACCAAGAUGUCAGGAGAGAUGGACAAGCCGCUGAUCAGCCGCCACCUGCUGGACAGUGAUGGGAGCCUUGCUGAGGUCCCCAGUGAGGCCCCCAAGGUGGGGAUCCUGGGCAGCGGAGACUUCGCCCGCUCCCUGGCCGCACGCCUGGUGAGCUCUGGCUUCAGCGUGGUGGUGGGAAGCCGCAACCCCAAACGCACGGCCGGGCUGUUCCCCUCGGCCGCACAAGUGACUUUCCAGGCGGAUGCAGUGGAGUCCCCUGAUGUCAUCUUUGUGGCCAUGUUCCGGGAGCACUACUCCUCACUGUGCGGUCUCAGUGACCAGCUGGCUGGCAAGAUCCUCGUGGAUGUGAGCAACCCCACAGAGCAGGAGCACCUUCGGCACCACGAGUCCAAUGCUGAGUACCUGGCUUCCCUCUUCCCCACCUGCACGGUGGUCAAGGCCUUCAACGUCAUCUCUGCCUGGACCCUGCAGUCCGGCCCGAGGGAUGGGAACAGGCAGGUGCCCAUGUGCAGCGACCAGCCGGAAGCCAAGCGUGCUGUCUCGGAGAUGGUACGGGCCAUGGGCUUCAUGCCCGUGGACAUGGGGUCCCUGGCCUCGGCCCGGGAGGUGGAGGCCAUGCCCCUGCGCCUCCUCCCGGGCUGGAAGGUGCCCGCCCUCCUGGCCCUGGGCCUCUUCACCUUCUUCUACGUCUACAACUUCAUCCGCGACGUCCUGCAGCCCUACGUGCGGGACGGCAAGAGCAAGUUCUACAAGCUCCCAGUGUCCGUGGUCAACACGACGCUGCCGUGCGUGGCCUACGUGCUGCUGUCGCUGGUGUACCUGCCCGGCGUGCUGGCGGCCGCCCUGCAGCUGCGCCGGGGCACCAAGUACCGCCGCUUCCCCGACUGGCUGGACCACUGGCUGCAGCACCGCAAGCAGCUGGGCCUCCUCAGCUUCCUCUGCGCCGCCCUGCACGCUGUCUACAGCUUCUGCCUGCCCCUGGGCCGCGUUAACCGCUACGAGGUGGUCAACCUCGCCAUCAAACAGGUCUUGGCCAACAAGAGCCACCUGUGGAUUGAGGAGGAAGUCUGGAGGAUGGAGAUAUACCUCUCCCUGGGAGUGCUGGCCCUCGGCACACUGUCCCUGCUGGCUGUCACCUCACUGCCAUCCAUUGCAAACUCGCUUAACUGGAGGGAGUUCAGCUUCGUUCAGUCCACCCUGGGCUUCGUGGCCCUCGUGCUGAGCACCCUCCACACGCUCACCUACGGCUGGACCCGUGCCUUCGAAGACAGCCAUUACAAGUUCUACCUGCCUCCCACCUUCACGCUCACGCUGCUGGUGCCCUGUGUCGUUAUCCUGGCCAAAGCUCUGUUCCUGCUGCCCUGCUUCAGCCGCAGACUCUCCAGAAUCCGGAGGGGCUGGGAGAAGGACGGUGCCACCAAGUUUAUGCUGCCGAUGGACCACGCCCUGGCCCAGAAGACGAGCCACGUGUGAGGUGCCCGCCUCUGGCCCCAGAAACCAGACACAGGCAGGACAGUGCCCUGGGCCUGUCGGGGCUGCUUUUCUCGAUCGAGCAGGACGGUGAAAUGGUGCACACAUUGGUGGUGUGAGGUCUGAAUUCCUGGGACACCAGUGUAGGUGGCAACAUUCAGAAUGGCACACACACGUGUGUGUGUAUGAUAUAUAUGUUCAUGUAUAUUUCAUAUAUAUAUAUAUAUAUAUAUA